AAAAUUUCCAUUUCUUCUUCCUUCAAACCCCUUCCUUCUCGGAACUAUUCCAUGGUAAUUUCCUCAUUUCUUUCUUCCCAAUAAUUAUAAAUCAUAUGGCCGCAGAAGAAAGUGGUCACAAAGUUCCUCCAGUUUUCAGCCACCAGUUUUUCUCCCGAUCCAAUUCAGAAAAUUCCAGACUCUUUUUCAUCCCCAACAACAAAAACCCAUCUCUUCAAUUUCUUCUACUUUUGCGGGUCAUCUUUCACUAUUUGGUCAACACUGCCCACCUAUAUAUAUAAAUUUCUCUAUUGGGUUUUCUUUUCAACCAAAUCAGAUUUCUGUUUUGUCCCCCUUUUUUCUCUUUUUCCAUCUGAUUUACUGUUUGUACAUCAAAGUCUCGGAUCGUGAUGGCUACAACUGGUAAUAACAUUGACAGUAGCAAGGUGAAGAUCGUCCAUGGCGAUGGUGGUUACGUUCUUGAAGAUGUUCCUCAUUUCUCUGACUAUAUUUCCGAUCUCCCUACGUAUGCUAAUCCAUUGCAAGAUAAUCCUGCAUACUCUGUAGUCAAGCAGUAUUUUGUACAUGUUGAUGAUUCCGUUCCUCAGAAGGUUGUUGUUCACAAAAGUAGUCCAAGAGGAAUACAUUUUAGGCGUGCUGGACCCCGCCAACGAGUAUACUUUCAGGCGGAUGAGGUUCAUGCCUGCAUUGUGACAUGUGGCGGUCUUUGCCCCGGACUCAAUACUGUGAUCAGGGAGCUAGUAUGUGGUUUAUACAAUAUGUAUGGUGUCAAGAAGGUUCUUGGAAUCGAAGGUGGAUACAGAGGUUUCUAUUCUAAGAAUACCAUCCAUUUGACUCCAAAGUUCGUGAAUGAUAUCCAUAAACGUGGUGGAACUGUCAUUGGGACCUCACGAGGUGGUCAUGAUACCUCAAAGAUAGUUGACAGUAUUCAAGAUCGUGGCAUCAAUCAGGUUUAUAUAAUUGGUGGAGAUGGAACUCAGAAAGGAGCAGCUGCUAUAUAUGAGGAAGUCAGAAGGAGAGGACUCAAAGUUUCAGUUGUUGGGAUCCCGAAAACCAUCGAUAAUGACAUCCCGGUCAUUGACAAAUCAUUUGGCUUUGACACUGCUGUUGAAGAGGCUCAGCGGGCUAUAAAUGCAGCCCAUGUUGAAGCUGAAAGUAUGGAGAAUGGUAUAGGGCUUGUGAAGUUGAUGGGUCGCUAUUGUGGGUUCAUAGCGAUGUAUGCAACUCUUGCAAGCAGGGACGUAGACUGUUGUUUAAUUCCAGAGUCACCCUUCUAUCUCGAAGGUCCCGGUGGACUUUAUGAAUACAUAGCAAGAUGUCUCAAAGACAACGGCCACAUGGUCAUUGUCAUUGCAGAAGGAGCUGGACAGGAGCUGCUUUCUGGAAGCUUCGGUUCUGAUAAGCAGGAUGCUUCUGGAAAUAAGCUUCUUCAAGAUAUUGGGCUAUGGCUAUCUCAGAGAAUCAAGGAUCAUUUUUCUAAAGAACAUAAGAUGACCAUAAACCUCAAAUAUAUUGAUCCAACAUAUAUGAUCCGAGCUAUUCCAAGUAAUGCCUCAGAUAAUGUUUACUGCACUCUUCUUGCUCAAAGUGCUGUACAUGGAGCAAUGGCUGGCUACACUGGCUACACGAGCGGACUCGUUAACGGAAGACAGACAUACAUUCCCUUCUACCGAAUCAUAGAUAAACAGAACAAGGUUGUGAUAACUGACAGAAUGUGGGCAAGGCUUCUAUCAUCAACGAACCAACCAAGCUUUUUAACUGCGAAAGACGUAUCGGAGGAGAAGAAAGAGGAAGAGACAGUAACCCAGAUGAACCAGUUGAGCCAGUUGAGCAAUAACACCGAGGACGAAACGGUGAGCAAUCCUAGUGUAAAGUAGUUGUUGAACUCAAUUGUGUGAAGAAUUUGAAAGAUGGGUGUGUUGUAAGUUAAGUUAAGUUAAGUUAAGCUAAGGCUGUUAUUUUUGGGCCUUUCAGUUCUUCUCUCUAGCAAUUGCUGAAGUCCUAAACCACUUGUGAAGAAGCUGUUCUUUAUGGAGUUCUUUAUUUAUCACUCAGUUUGUUUGUAGGCUAAUUAUAGAGUGGAAUUAUAUAAUCCAUAUCCAAGAAAUGGAUCCUCCCAUGUUCUUGGAUUUUUAGGAAAAAAUAAUAGAUCUUUCUCUAAUCUUGAAUAUAAAUGUCAUCAAAUAGUGAAUGAGGUCAUCCUUUGGUCUUUGGAUGAAAUGAAUCACCGUUGUAUGCAAUUUUGUUUUUCUUCUCAAUAAAAUAUCUCAUUUUUGCCAUUAAA